GGAAGUAUUUCGGAAAAAUGGCGGAUCGGUCACUGAUAAUCGCGGAGUGAUCGCCCACCUCUGAUUCAUGACGAUAACGACGGUGGCUCGCGGUGACACUCGUUGAAGUGACAUUCGUCCAGAGGAAUACUCGCAUAUUCAGGUGGGGCGCCUCGUCCGUCGUCGAUAGGAUAAUCGCAACCGACGCUUGAUACGCGCGUGGCUUUUCAUGGAGACAUCGUCGUCGUGUGACAACUGACAGGAUGGAUGUUCUGAACAAGCUACGAAACACGGUCAGCAACACUAUCAGUAAUACGGUUCAGAACACAGCGUACGGUCUGUCGCAGCUGUCCAGCGUUUUGCCUGGCAAUCCCGUGACCCGGGAGUUCGAAGCGACCGCUCAUGUGGCGAGCGCCGGCCCGGGCUUGCUAUGGAAGGUCUACAGCGGUUACAAGAAGUCCACCAAGCAAGAAGCCGCGAUUUUUGUUUUUGAAAAGCGCAUGCUGGAGAGAUGGUCCGCCAAGGCGGAUCGGGAACUCGUGCUGGAGACUCUAAAGCGCGGUGUAACGCAGUUGACGAAACUGAGGCAUCCGCAGGUUUUGACGGUGCAACAUCCGCUGGAGGAAUCGAGGGACAGCCUCGCAUUUGCGACUGAACCAGUGUUUGCUAGUCUGGCUAAUGUAUUAGGUAAUCAUGAGAAUAUACCUCAACCAACCCCAGCAAACUUAAGAGAUUACAAGCUGCAUGACAUAGAAAUACGCUAUGGAUUAUUGCAGUUAGGAGAAGGUCUGGCAUUUUUGCAUGGCGAUGUGAAGCUGCUUCAUAGAAAUUUGUGUCCAGAAUCAAUAGUUAUUAAUGUUCACGGAGCGUGGAAGAUAUUUGGCUUUGACUUCUGUGCCUUAAAUCAAAGUUCAGAUAGCAAGCAGCCAUCAUGGUCAUAUCUGGAAUAUGACCCUACACUCCCUCCUGUUGUCCAACCUCACCUAAAUUAUCAGGCACCUGAAUGCAUAUUAGCGAGCAGCAACGGACCCCCGAGCGAUAUUUUUGCUCUGGGCAUGCUAAUAUACGUGAUACACUCCUCGGAACAUCAGACACUUUACGAAUCUCACGGCGACUUGGGGAAGUGUCGACGUUUCCUCGAGAGUCUCAAGGGAUCCAACGUCUCAGCGAAGCUGCUCCCAGUUCCCGAGACUCUCAGGGACACUGUGAAGCUCAUGCUGAGCCACAGUCCGGAACUCAGAUUAGACGCCCAUCAGUUUAUAAAGAUCGAAUAUUUCACCGACAUCGGCGUUAAGACGCUGAAUUACUUGGACAAAUUGUUCCAAUGGGAUAAUCUCCAAAAGUCGCAAUUUUACAAGGGACUCCCGCAGCUCCUGAAGCAAUUGCCCCACAGAGUCGUACUGCACAGAGUAUUGCCCGCACUCUACAAGGAGUUGGUUAAUCCACCUAUGAUACCAUUCGUAUUGCCGAGUAUACUGCAGGUGAUGGAGGUUACCGAAGUGGAGGAAUUUCGGGAACAUAUCCUUCCCAGCUUGAAACCUGUUCUUGCUUUGGAAGAUCCGCCACAAAUCAGCUUGGUUCUCAUGCAGCAAGUCAAUCUACUGCUUAAGCUGUGCCCUACGGACGUCAUUAAGACCGACAUAGUGCCUAUGCUGCUGCGUGCAUUGGAAUCCGAAUGGGAACAGCUCCAGGAACUUUGCUUGUCAGCAUUGCCAAAUAUAGUGACGAUGAUCGAGGGACCAGUGAUUAAGAACGCCAUAUUGCCGCGAAUGAAGAAAAUAUGCUUGUCGCCAGGGAAGAAGACCAGCAGUCUUGGUGUUCGCGUCAGCUGCUUGCUGUGCCUUGCGAAGAUGUUGCCAAGCUUCGAUCGCUGGCUGGUGUUCGAUCAGAUAUUACCGUUUCUGCAGGAAGUUCCUCAUUCCGGCGAACCAGCCAUUUUGAUGGCCAUUAUAGGCAUUUACAGGAUGCUGCUUACUCACAGCAAGUUGGGUAUGAGCAAAGAGAUAUUGGCGACGAAGGUAUUACCGUUCCUGCUGCCUCUCUGCAUAGAGCAAAAUCUCAGUAUGCCUCAGUACGAGACGCUUUCGAGUCUGGUGGUCGACAUGAUUAAUCGAGUGACCAGCGAACAUCGAGAAGCGUUGCGGCAAUUGGACGCGGUGCGUCGCGAGACGCAGCAGUUCGACCAGGCGCUCUCCCAAGCGACGUCGCCCGCUUUCAUGCAGAACACUAGCUUGAGCGACAUUAAUCUAACGCCGGAGAAGCCGUCCGCGAACGCUAAUCUUAAAACUGUAAACAUCGAAAACGGAUUAACCAUGGAGGACAAGUUCAGAUUGAUUCAACAGCAGGAAGCCCACCAGAGGUUGCAAUCUCAGUCCAUAUUGACCCCCAAAGCGGUGUCGCAGCCCGCCAAGCCGCAGCCGAAGGAUCUAACGGCGACUCUUCUGAAAAACAAUCUGGACGAGCUGAACCUGUCCAUGUCGAGACCCAGCAUGUCGCAGCCGGAUUACACGGCCAAGAACACCGCGGCUCUGUCCUGGAACAAGAACAACAAUAUCAAUCAGACGCAGACGCAAUUCCUGACGUCUCCGACGCUGAGCUCGCAGACCAUGCAGACGGGUAGACCGAUGAAUUGGAACUCCAACGGAAUCAACGCGCCCAUGAGCUGGAACGCGGAUCAGUCCGCGUCGAUGUGGAAUCCGGUCGCUCCGCAGAAUAACGUCGUGUAUUCGCAAUGGGAGGGCCAGGCGAAGUUCGCAACGCAGCCGGAGAUUAAGCCCAGCUUGAACUUCCCCGGAUCGAUGCAGCCUUUCAUGUCGCCGGGCAGUACGCAGGCCGCGAAUAAGCCGAACUCGUCCACGCAAGAUAUCAUGGACUUGCUAAGUUAAUUCGCUCGAUUGCGAUUUCCCACUGGUGGUUUCGUCGAGGAGAUGAAAGUCCAGUCGUGAUGAAUGUUAACGAAUCGCCAAGAGACGGAUCGUCUUUUAUAUCGAUAUCGGCAAUCAAAGAUUGCAGAAUCGCACACACACACGCAUCGGACUGGCGAUGAACAUUUUUAACGUAUACUUUGUACGGAGGUUUGUCUCGCGCAGAGGAAUCCAGCCGGGACUCUUGAAAAAGAGAACCACCGUCGAGGAAGACGCGGCUAUUUAGGUUGCGUUUCGAAAUGUGCUGACAGAUCAAUAUGCUGCAGCGUAGUAAAACGUACUGCCUUUUUGGCGAAAGUAAGUCCUGAGGAACUGCUGACUCCCGACUGAUUUCGCACGUCCCAAGAUGCAAGUUUAAUAUUGCAUAUGAUUGGCUGUUUAAAUGUUUUUUAAAUGCUUCAUCUGAAGGAAAGACUACCGCUCAAUGUUAUUUUUCACGCCUUAAUACCAAUAACCCUCGUUUUGUCACUAAUAUGUGUAUUAAAACAUUUGAUUAAAGUGUUUUCAUCAUCUGAUGAUGAACUUUGAAAAUGUGAAAAUCAUUUUCAAUAAAAUUUACAACAAUAUGCAUAUAAUUAUGCAUCAGUUAAAAUUGUUUUUAAAUUGACCAUAAUUCAUUCUUCACACUUUAAGUUCGGUUAUAUCAUGAACGUACGUUGUCUGCUAAUACCGCAUGAUACUGCAAAUGCGUUCCAAUUUGCAGCGCUACCACAGUCUGCCAGCAAUCUCGGAACGGCUGAAAUACGCUGAUUUCAGCAACAACCGUCGGUUAUUGUCAGCACAUUUCAGAACGCACCCUUAGAGUAAAGUCGUUGCGUAUCCCAUUACAAUUCAAUUUUCCAAUGUUUUUAAUUCAGAACUUGAGACUCCAUUUUAUUACUCCAAAUCUGGGGAUACACUAUCGGACCUUCUGCGAGUCUUGUGUAAUACACGCUCCACGUUUCGUACUUCUGCAUUUCCCACGAUAAUUUCUCGCCCCGAUAAACGUAACGUCGUCGAUAAAAGUCUAUAUACCGUUGUAAGCCGCAAACUCUCCCCGACUGUCAGUUAUACCUGGCGUUCGCUUUGACGUUUUAAUAUUUCAUGUGAACCCCAUUAACGUGGAUAUAUUUGUACAAUGCCGUUCGGAGUUGACGACCGCUAGCGUCAAUUCCUGAACGCGCGAGUGAACGAGUACGACGCGAGAGAAGACUUCGACGUCGACGUGAAUUACUACGAGCGAGGUACGUCAGUAACCACGAAUGUGUGAUAACCAAACGGCAGUCACCGUUUUCUUUUUUUAUACGGAAACGCGUAGUAUUUUCAUCGUGAUUCAACUCGCCAUAUUCUCUCACGCUUCGAUGUAAAUACGUAGCUUGGUCGCGGGACUGGGAGUAACUUAAAUAUAAGAGAGCCCCACAAUAUACAUAUACAUACAUAUAUAUAGUAUAUACAAGUAUAUAUUGCUCAUUCCGACGAGCCGGAGAUCCAUGGAUCGUCAGUUCCAUUCCGUACUUGACAAUUUUUAAUCGACGCAUCGUUUGCGCGCGCGUAUCAGUCUGUAGAUGAAUUUUCUUCACGCGACUGUGUCGCCCGGCACCCGCUUUAUCGUCUCGAAGCACGAAAAGAGAGUUUACGUUUAGUAAUAUACCUCUAUAUAUUAUUGUGAGAUGAUCAAGCGCGCGUUUAUGUUGCAAAUGAUCGGUAUCACGCGCAUUAGUUUUAUUCGAAGCCGUCACGAGGAAACGUCGCGUCCUCGAGCGUCUUCGGCUUUUGUGGCGGAUGUUUCGUUAUAUUUUCGCCCGCGCGCGAUCGGACUCGGCGAUUGCGACUCAGUGAAAUUGUAAAAAGGAUGGUAUAGAUACGUAGCGUUAUUUCUAUUUUAUCUCUCACGCAUAUAUAUAUAAAUUCUGUAAUAAUAUUAGCCCGGUAUCUGUUCCAUUAUUUAUUUUGCUGUCGUGCACGAUUGUUAACGCUCACUGUCCGAGUCUAAUAAAACCGGUGGAAAUGUUAAUUCACUUUCCGUCGAUACGAUA